GUUCCUGCUGGGCAUGGCUGGAGCUAGCAAGCAUGGAGCGGCUCCGGGCUUCUCUCCCUCCUCGGAGCACGCCCCAGAGCCCCGAGCCUGCCUGUUAAUCGGGAAGGCGCUGCCCUCCCCUGCUUGCUGAAUCCUUGCCCCGAGCAAAGCCGGGGGUCUGAACGGAGAUGGGGGGGCUGAAAGGGGGAGAAAAGAAUUGGAGAGAAGGGACAGAGACGUAAAAAUGAGGGGAGAGGAAUGGAGAAGAGCAAAGAGAACACACAUGAGGGGCAAAGUGGGCACCAGGGCUACAGGGGACUAUAAACGGUCACGUUUCCCCUCUACUCCGCUGCGGUCUGGAACCGGGAAGACAGCGUAUAAAAUAAGGUAGAGAUGGAGGGAAAGAAGCGAAGAGACACCUUGAACUGUGUGAUUAGUGCAAGGUUAACUACAUGUAUAAUCUGUGGCAAGGAGAACUGGGAGACGGCUAAGAGAUAGCCAUAAUGUCUUUAAGCUGCCAGACAAUUUCUACUCGACUUGGCGUUCUUACACUGAACUGCAAAGGACUACUAUGUCUUUUGGUCUUUACACUAAGUGUAAGUGGCAGUGCCUCUGGCUUGUGUCCUACAGCCUGCAUCUGUGCUAGUGACAUCAUAAGCUGCACCAAUAAGAACCUCUCUCGAGUGCCAGGAACUCUCUUCAAAUUCAUAAAAAGACUGGAUCUGAGUUAUAACAAAAUUGGAUUUUUGGAACCUGAAUGGGUCCCAGUGCUUUUUGACAAACUGAACACUUUAAUAAUCAGUCAUAAUAGUAUUAGCAGUAUUAUCACUGGAAGCUUUUCCACAACUCCAAAUCUGAAGUACCUAGACUUGUCAUCCAACAACCUGAAGACACUGGGAAGCCCUUUGUUUCAAGAGUUAAGAGUACUGGAAGUUCUCUUGCUUUACAACAAUCAGAUAACACAGAUUGAUUCUGCUGCCUUUGGAGGAUUAUACAAAUUGCAGAAGCUGUAUUUAUGUUGUAACUCACUGUCACACUUCCCAAUGGACUUGUAUAUUGGAAAACACAAGCUUACAGAACUUGUAUUGUUAGACAUUUCCUAUAACCACAUCCAGUCUGUACCCAUUCAACGUGUAAGUUUAGUGCCAGCCAAACAACUCAGUGGAAUUUAUCUUCAUGGUAACCCAUUUUACUGUGACUGUACUCUAUACUCCAUGCUAAUUUUUUGGUAUCACAGACACUUCAACUCAGUCGUGGAUUUCAAAAAUGAGUAUGCCUGUGCAUUACGAUCUGAUCCCAAAGGUUCCAAUAAACUGCCUUUAUUGCACGACAACUUUUUGAAUUGCUCCGAAAGCACCAUCAAUGUGUCAUUCCAUGCCUUUGGGUUCAUUUAUGAGGCCCAAGUCGGAGAAAGGCUGAUUGUACACUGUGACAGCAAAAUUAGUGAUGCAGGCACAUAUUUCAUUUGGGUUAGCCCAGACAAUAGAUUACUGGAGCCAGACAAGGAGACUGACAGUUUUAAGGUGUUUCACAAUGGGAGUCUAGAGAUAAUAGAUCCCCAGCUGGAGGAUUCUGGGCUGUAUUCAUGCGUUGCAAUAAAUAAAAGAAGACUGUUAAAUGAAACCAUAGAGGUUAGAAUUAAUGUAAGCAAUUUCACAGUGAACAGAUCCCAUGCUCAUGAAGCAUUUAACACUGCUUUCACCACCCUUGCUGCCUGUGUAGCCAGUAUUAUUUUGGUACUGCUUUAUCUGUAUCUAACCCCAUGUCCUUGUCAGUGUAAGACAAGAAGAAGAAAAAGGAAGCUACCCCAAAGCAGUGCCCAUUCGUCCAUCCUAAACUCCACUCCACCUCUGGAUCCUCCAACUGAAGAGAAGAAAUCCAGCACUGGUAAGAGAGUGGUGUUCCUUGAGCCUGUGAAUGAGCCAAAACAGGGACAGAAUGGGAAAGUGAGACUGUUUUCCAAAGAGACUGUCAUAGCAGAGAGCAUCUUGAAAACAACUAGAGCAAAAUCUGACUCUGAUUCUGUCAACUCGGUGUUCUCAGAUACACCUUUCAUGCCAUCAUCUUAGUUUGCUGCUUGCUUGUCUGUUCUGAAGUGAAAUCUCUCAACACCAUACCUGCCUGUAGCAACUAUCCGGAAAAAAUAAAAUAUGGCAAAAAAUGCAUUAUCAGUAGUCUUCAAGAACACGUUCUCUGCUCUUUCUGUGAUAGGGAGAACAUGCAACACUGGUGCACAGGUUAGCAUCAAAGGGUAGGUUUUCACUGCAGAGUUAACCCAAGCUCUUAUCUGGCUGUUGCCCCAUCCUUCCUGUGGACUACACACAAAAAGCUGACACCUGAGUCUAGUGGUGCUGUCAGUUCAGGCUCACUGGCUUGUCUGUGACUGUAGGCUCAAGGCCAAGUGCUGUUUUCACUGAGGCUAGUAACCCACACACUCUGCAGUGAGGAUUCAGGCUAAAUCCCCACCAGAGUGCUAGUAGUCUAUUAAUAUGAUCUCAUAAUUCCCCUGGGUGCACAGGACAGGUAUGUUCUGCCACAGUUCACUGGGAGAGAAUCAUAAGCCAGCUCAGCUUACUGCAGUACACAGAAGCAUGGGAUAUGCCCACGGCCAUCCUUGUGACAUGCACCAGUGAGUGCAGCACCAGUAAGGAAACAGAGGGUACAUCGAAAACCCUCCACGGCAUCCCAUCUCAGAGAGUCAGCUGACAUAGGCUUGUACCAUGGGGUUACAGAGUCAACACAGUAUAGCUGCUCUCACUCAAGGGCCCUAAGGCCCUCUCCCUCUCCUUGGGUCUCAGAGCCCAGGCUCCAGCCCUAGCUGGAAUGUCCACAUUGCUAUUUUUAGCCUCAUUGCCUGAGCUACGCAAGCUCAAGUUAGUUGACCUAGGCUCUGAGAAAAUCUGCAGUGCAGUUGUACCCCAGUAACUCAGGCAGGGCUUUGGAGGGUGACUGCUCACAUCUGGGGUAGGCUAACCUCAGGACUCUAGCCUAGGCAGGUGUCAUCUGAGUUAACGUUGCAGUGAAGACAUACCCACAGUGUUAACAUGAAGAUGGGGGGCACUUUGCUGUGUGUUUUGUAGAUAACAGCUCUGGGCAGAACAUGUUUGCUGUAGAUGAUACUGUCUUUCCAGUCUGUUUGCUUAUAAGAAUCAGCAUCUUAAACAUAUAGAGCUAGGUGUACAUUUGAAUACCAGGGAACAUAUCUAAAACAGCCCUUAUCAAACUUCUUUCCCACCUCAAAGCAUUCAGUAUUUAGAGGUACACAAUCCAGAAUAUUGCAGAGUGUAUGUAUUUCAUCUUAAUCACCUUGUACAGUAAAUUUUUAUGGACAGGCACAGAAAAAUCUCGAUUUCUUACCUUAUAACACAUUUAACUAAAUCAGGGAGAGGGAAGCUAACCAUCUCACUUUUCUUAUAAUUAAAUCUGUGGGAUUACUCAUAAAAGUAAGGUGAGCAGAUUUGCCCACUCAUGUAAUAAUGCAUGUUUGGAAUCCUGCACUGGUUACUCAAGCAGUUCAAUUCCCUUUGACAAAACUUCCAUUGACAUCAAUGAGAGCAAGACUGGGCCCAUUGUAUAGCAGAGGGCCUCUCCCCCUCUAAUUUUGAGAUGCUUUUUGCUUUGUUCUUUCAAAGGCACAAAAUGUUAGUGUUCUCAUGAAAUUUGCUUCUAAAUAUUGUCAUUAGAGAAUCAAUUAUAAUGUUUGGGUCAAGAGACCAAACAAUUAAGUGGUUGAACUUUGUUCCAUUGACACUAAUUUUAAUAAUAAUUUACUACUUUUGUGGCUUCAAUGGAAUGGCACCUACUUACACCAGACUGAAUUCUGGCCCAUGAGAGACAAAAAUAUAACUAAUUAGCUAUGAAAAAAUCAGGAUGUAUCUUAAUUGCUUGACAGCCACCUAUCUAGAAAGCAAAUUAAAUCAUGGAACAGCAUUGCUGUGAUGUACACAAUGUAGGAGGAAAAUAGGAGGAUUUGGAAAGCUGUUUGGAGUUGUUAGAAUGAUUUUGGUUUCAUGUAUUUAAGGAAGCAAACAGACACAUGAUGAUUUAAAAAUUCUUUUGUAGAGAUUGAAUAAUGAGUAUGUAAGUAUGAAAGAUCUACAGUUUUUUACUUUGAACAGCAUUAAUUAAACAACUGUUCAUAUCUAAGAUAUACAACUUUUACAGUUCUUUCCAUACAUCUAUCUGUAUUUUUUAAUACUUUAUACAAUUGAAAACAAAAUCAGUAGCACUACAUAUAGAUCUUGUAGUAAAUAAUUAUGGGACCAGUGUUGUUUUCAAUGAAGUUAAUGGAAGUUUUGUCAUUGACCUUUAUAAGAUGAAGAUGUGACCCUUUAAGAAGCUGUCUCUUGAGGAUUUUUUUGAUUUGAAAGAAGAUUGAAAUGAGCCACAUGAUUUCCCCAUGAUGUGCCAUAUGUGCAUGGACAUAUGUACUGUAAAAGAAGGAGCACAGUGACAAACAGAGGACUGAAUACAAAAUAGUAAGACAGAAAGUGAAAGGCAAAAGCCAGAGGGAAAAAGUGUCUGAUUUGUAUGUAUUUGGCCUAUUGUUAACUGAAUAUCACUAGAAAAGGCUGUUCUUAUUGGAUAUGUUGUUGCACAAACAAAUUAUACCUUUAGAGUAUCACAUUCAUUUAUUUAGGUUACUAACAUAGGAGUAUAUUUCUGUUUUCAUAAAAGUGCUAAUCCAGUCAAAUCCAAGAUAGAUUGAAAAGGAAAACAAAUUGCUACUGCCAUCCAUCCAAUAUCAUCCUUACAUUGAAUAUUAUAAACAAUGUUUUACUGUUUAUGCUCACUUGCCCAUUUGUGACACAAGACCUGCUGUUAUACAAUGUCAAAUUAACUAUAUGUAACUUAAAGCCAUGUUCUAGUAAACGGGAAACUGACUCUGCACCUUAGUCCCGGAGGGCUUAUAUCCCACUGGAGACCAUAAGAAUUUGCAGCGUCAGACGCAAACCAUCAACCUGCUGCAGUAGAGAGUGAAUGUAGUCUCAGUAUCAGAUGUUUGUUAUAAGUGUUAAUUGUUUAUAUAUUAGUUUAAAUGCUUUAAAAUGCUCAGAUGUGUGAUUAUACAUCUAAAGAACAGGGAUUAAGAAGCUUUUGUAACAGUAUAGCAAUAUUAACGUUUGUGGAAAUAAGAGGUCUCACCCAAUCUCACACCUUUGGAGUCAGUUAAAUGUUGCGGCUUUAAUGGGAAGAACAUUUUUAGAGAAAUGUUAGCACUUUGAUUUACUUUAAUAUUUACAGCACCACACUAGCAAACCCAGCCUAUAUUGUUGCUCCAAUUCUCACUCAACACAAUGAGCCACCUUUCAUCUGAGGGGCCCAAUGUGCAGUGAAGUUAUGACCAUCUUGCAUAAACAAGGAAAGUUUAUCUUCUUAUGUAUACAAGUAGGUCCCAACAAAGGGUCUCUGGAGAUAACCACAUGUCCUGAUGGAGGAGUUAGGGUUGUACUAUACUAACUCCAUGCUACAAUCAAAUGAUGAAAACGUUCCAAGGUUGCCCAGUUGAUUCCAUGACCGAAAUGUCCAUUAAAUUCAAUUUAUCUUUUUCUAAUACUGUACUAAUAUCACCCAACACUAAUAAAGACAUCAGUUAUGCCUUUGAUGCACCAUGGGCGCCGUGCUACAGAGCAUUCAGCAUUCUGGCCCCAUUCCAACAAAAUGUGUACUUCUGGUUUGCAGUAAAGGAAAGAGAGAGAGAGACCAUCCCACGGCACAGUCACCAGUCAGUGCAUCACCUUUUGAAAGAGAACAGCAUGAACCACUCCCACACAGACCACAUGCACCCAAAUGAGUCUACCAUUGUCUCAGACCUUAGCAACAGCAUUAGAAUCCUGCCCUUUGUGCUCCCCUCUCCCCCUGGACGGUGGGCCUGGGCCAAGGUUGAGGGAAAGGCUUGUUUGUGCCCUCCCCCACAAUAUGAACAGCGUAACAAGGCUUAGUCUAAUCAAACCUUGAGCAUAUUACUAACAAUAAGUAUAUCUAGUUAUUUCCCACCUCAUAGCUAGUCACAGCCUAGUUAACAAAGGCCCUAACCCAGCCAAACUGAACUAAUAUGUUUAUGUGCUUUACUGAAUCAGGACCUCAGUCUUUUUUUAGGUUCUCAUGCUACAUCCACCACCGAUCAUCUUAGCACUUAGCCUUCCUCCAGCCUCCCAAAACACAAACAAACAUCCAACGUAGGGAGAAAAAAUCCACGUGGCUUCAAUUUUCUGACACUAACUGAGCAGGUUGAUGAAAACAUGGCAAACGUCCCUCCCCUUAACCCCAGUCCUGCACAUCCUAAUUAGACUGCAGUAGAAUAGGGAAACAUCUAUUGAACAACGGCCACUGGAGUAUGGAUUCUUUUAAUAAUUGCAUUGUGAAGACUCCUAAUGAUAGCAUCACUGUACUGGAAUCCAUUCAGGCUCUCCUUGGAUGAAAAUGGAUUUAAGGCUAAAUCAUGGCAUCACUGCAAUUUUUCACUGAGGCCAGUAUAAACAUACUGCCCACCCAGUACAUUCUGGGGAAGGCAGAGAAGCAGCAUGACUGCUCUGUUGCCCUUUAAGGGGGGUGCAGAAUGCAUGCGCCUAUGUGACGAGCUAAAACUACUGGCCCCUUCUACACUCCUCUUGCACAUCUCAGUAAAGUGAAAUGGCUGCAGUUGUAGCUAUUUCUUUACCAAUUGUCUGGGAGAUCUAGGUUGACCCUACUGAUGGUAGAAAGUUAUACUGUUGCCAGAAGAAUGUAAAAGAGGAGGGUGGGACACUUAAUUACUGUCUUAAAUUUUAAAACACUUGAUAUUUUCCAAGCUGCUAGAAAUGGUAAAAGCUAGCAUUAAUCGACGUCAGUUUCUAAGCAGGAAAACAUACACUUCAUUUAUGGUUGAACAGUUUUGACCACAUAGAACUUUGUUCACUUUGCUGGUGACAAAUGAUUGGAUCAUUUAAAAAUAAAUAUAGCGAAAGGGAUUCUCUCUGUAUUCCUUCUGUGUUGGUGUAUGAUUAUCAAUUCAUUUGUAUUAGCUGAUUGAUUGACUUUUUUCCCUUCCACAUUCCUAAUGUGAAUAUCUUUGGAAGGUUGGACUGGCAUGAAGGUAUAAAAAUGGUCCACCACAAAAAUGGAAUAUAAACAAUUCAAAGAUUGGUUUCUUGAAAUGUGAAAUUAAAUAACAUUCUGAAGUUUCUGGAAAGGUCUUAUAUUGUAAGCAAGAAGAUUAUAUUUUCCUGUCUGUAAUAGCUCUAAUAACAAGUUAUGAUAACUGUAAAUUCCUGUAUUAUAUUUUCAUGGGUGUGAUAUAUAUUUUUUUCUGUACAAACUUCUUAAUUUUUGUAUUUCUUUGUAGAGUAACUUACAUUGACAGGAAAUAAAUAUUUUCCCAUUUAA